CCGCCUGCUGGCGCGUCAGUGCUCUCCCCUCGUCCACCCUCCCCGGUCCCCCCAGCGCCCUUCGCGCCCGGAUGGCGGAGCUGCGGCCUAGCGGCGCCCCCGGCCCCGCCGCGCCCCCGGCCCCUGGCCCUAGUGCGCCCCCGGCCUUCGCCUCGCUCUUUCCCCCAGGACUGCACGCCAUCUACGGAGAGUGCCGUCGCCUUUACCCUGACCAGCCGAACCCGCUCCAGGUUACCGCUAUCGUCAAGUACUGGUUGGGCGGCCCAGACCCCUUGGACUAUGUUAGCAUGUACAGGAACGUGGGGAGCCCUUCUGCCAACAUCCCUGAACACUGGCACUACAUCAGCUUCGGCCUGAGUGAUCUCUAUGGUGACAGCAGAGUCCAUGAAUUUACAGGAACAGACGGGCCUAGUGGUUUUGGCUUUGAAUUGACAUUUCGUCUGAAGAGAGAAACAGGGGAGUCUGCCCCCCCAACAUGGCCAGCAGAGCUAAUGCAGGGCUUGGCCAGAUACGUGUUCCAGUCAGAGAACACCUUCUGCAGUGGGGACCACGUGUCUUGGCAUAGCCCUUUGGAUAACAGCGAGUCAAGAAUUCAGCACAUGCUGCUGACCGAGGACCCACAGAUGCAACCUGUGCAGACACCCUUUGGGGUAGUUACGUUUCUCCAGAUUGUUGGCGUCUGCACCGAGGAGCUCCACGCAGCCCAGCAGUGGAAUGGGCAGGGCAUCUUGGAGCUGCUGCGGACCGUACCUGUAGCUGGCGGCCCUUGGCUGAUAACUGACAUGCGGAGGGGAGAGACCAUAUUUGAGAUCGAUCCACACCUGCAACAGGAGAGAGUUGACAAAGGCAUAGAGACGGAUGGCUCCAACCUGAGUGGUGUCAGUGCCAAGUGUGCCUGGGAUGACCUGAGCCGGCCCCCUGAGGACGAUGAGGACAGCCGGAGCAUCUGUAUCAGCACGCAGCCACGGCGGCUGUCCGGCAAAGACACGGAGCAGAUCCGGGAGACCCUGAGGAGAGGACUUGAGAUCAACAACAAACCUGUCCUUCCGCCAAUCAACCCUCAGCGGCAGAACGGCUUCACCCACGACCGGGCCCCGAGCCGCAAAGACAGCCUGGAAAGCGACAGCUCCACGGCCGUCAUUCCCCACGAGCUGGUCCGCACACGACAGCUGGAGAGUGUGCAUCUGAAAUUCAACCAGGAGUCAGGGGCUCUCAUUCCCCUCUGCCUAAGGGGCAGGCUCCUGCAUGGACGGCACUUUACAUAUAAAAGUAUCACGGGUGACAUGGCCAUCACAUUCGUUUCCACGGGAGUGGAAGGCGCCUUUGCCACUGAGGAGCACCCUUACGCAGCCCAUGGACCCUGGUUACAAAUUCUGUUGACUGAAGAGUUUGUAGAGAAAAUGUUGGAGGACUUAGAAGAUUUGACUUCUCCAGAGGAAUUCAAACUUCCCAAAGAGUACAGCUGGCCGGAAAAGAAGCUCAAAGUCUCCAUUCUUCCCGACGUGGUGUUCGACAGUCCACUGCACUAGCCUGGGCUGGGCCCUGCAGGGGCCAAGGGAGAGCCCAGCUGCUCCCGGGUGACUCCCAGUGCACCAACUGCGGACACGCGAUCCCCACAAAUGAAAGGACACGCCUGAGGAGGGCUGUGCAGCCUCCGCAUGGCCUCACCUGAAGCUCAGGGGCCUCCCCGCCGCCUGGAGCCGGCCAAGCCCCUGGGGCUGGGA